CCGGCCCGAUGCAGCCCCGCUACACUAAGAGCAGAGUGUGGUGCUGAGGAUGAGCACGUUUGUGGUCACCAUACGGCGAUGGAAAUGUACGACCAGUUGGAUAUCGUUGAAUCUGGAAUAGAAAAAGUUUAAAAAGGUUUUACCUAAAGCGAAUUUUUAUACUAUGAAUACUCUAGAUAUGUAGGUAAUGACGUGCCCUAUUUAUGACUUCGUGACAACACGAAGCACGCUUCCCCUAAAAAAGUGUGCCGUCAAUAUAGUUGGUAUUCACCUGACAUUCCAUUCUUUCACUGAUGAUUUACGAGAAGGAAAAAGUGUGUACUAUUCAAAUGGAUGGUAAUAUGAUCAAAUACUGUUGAUACUGAAGAAUAUCGAUGUUUUAAGUUUUUAAUUAAGAAAUGAUGAUGAACCUGUCAGAAUAUUUUGGACAGAGUGUAAUGACAGUAUAUAUAAAUGUUGCAGAUUAAGGCUUUUUUUUUUUAAAGAAAGUGAAAGACCACAUUGCUCUGACAGCUUACCUUGAGGUUGCAACAUUGAAAUGAUUUUUGUAAACAAUUACAUUAUUCUCCCAUUUACAUGAUAUGAAAAAAAUGAGAAGAUUGAAAGAAAAAAGAAAUUUAAAAUUUAAGAAGAUGCAAUUGUAAGUCAGAAUGAAUUCCUCUGAUUCACAAACUUUGAGUGUCCUCUCAGGAUCAUCGCAAGGGUCUCAUGAUAAAGUGUUACCUCCAUUAACAUCUCAGUACCCUCAAUGGAGUAGAGGAGGAAAACUUGGCAUUGAAAGUGUGUAUCAAAAAUCAUUUCAGAACGAAAAGGAGCAAGAAUCUUCUCUUCAUAGAUUGUCUAAAGACAAUAUGGUGAACAAGAAAGGCCCUGAACUAACCGCUGUUGGUAGAUCAGAUGGUUUAAUGGUUACACCUAUUGCAGAUCCUUUGUUGCGAAUAACACAGCUUGAACAAAACAUCAGAUUUUUACAAGAACAACACCAGUUGAUGCUGUCAAGUUUGCAUCAAGAAGUGGAACAAUUACGUCACAAAAAUAGAGAUUUACAGUUCCAGCUUGUCUUUAGUAAAGGCGGUGUACCCCUAGUUCAAAGUAGCCCUUCAUCACCUGAGGAUGAUGCAAAACCAAAGAUAAUACUCAGCCCAAAACAAGCAAAUGUUACCCCACUGCAGAUUGAACUUUUAGAAAAAGAGAUUGCUGAAUUAAAAUCUGCUUUGCAUGAAGCAAAAACAAAGAAUGUUUACCUCUCAGCCAUUGUUGAAGAACAAAGAAAAAAACUUGAAAGUCUUGAAUGUGGUAAGCAGGAAAUGGACAGUCUUAACUUUAGAAGUACCAAGGCUUCUGCUCAGAGACAGACAACGGAAAAAAAUGGUGAUGAGAGAGGUGAUACAACUGAUAGUGAUCUUGCUACAAAACUAGAAGAAGCUGAAAAACUAAUACGUCGUUUGCGCCGUGACAAUGAAGAACACAGAAGGGAGGCAAAAAAGAAAUCUUCCCACUUGGUGACCAUAAAAACCAAUUUAUCUAAAAAUCUGGGCGGUGCUGGGGGUAACCGGCAACUGGGAGCUGGUGGGGGCAACAACUGUCAUCGUGGGGGAGGAGGUUCAGGUGGAGGUGCUAACAAUCAUCAUCGGCCUCACAGUCAGCAAUCUCAGUCACAGAGAUUUCCACCCUUACACUCUCAGAGUUAUUGGCAUCAUGGGCAACAUUCCCAACACAGAACUGGAAUAGAAUUUGUAUCUCAUCGCCAUUGCGCAAAUGGCAGAGGUGGUGGUGCGGGAGGUGCCGGCGUAGGAAGUAGUGGUGGCAACAAUAGUGUUAUAGGAAAUGGUGCUCGACUAGAAAAGGAUAAUCAACUAGUGGGACGCCCUGCACCUGCACUACCAAAUCUUCGCAACAAUUCUUCUAACCAUUACACUUUCACAAACGGUAAUGGUAAUAAUAAUGGCCAUAACCAUCGGCGUGGUGGGGGCCAUUAUAAUGGCAAUAGCAAUCAUUAUUAUAGGGGUGGAAAAGGUGGAGGUAGAGGAAACAGAGAAGCUAGAGAAGCCAGAGAAGCGAAGUAAAAUCAUGCAGCAGCUCAACUAGUUCUUUUUGUUAUUGUAAUUAACUUAUUUGUUAACAGUUUUGCUUAUUAAAAGGAGCCUUGUGCCACUUCUCAUUGUAACUCGAGAAUAUAGAGAGCACUUUUGUGGUUUGUUACAUCAUUGCACCAGUGAGACCAAAAAAAGACUUUGUAGAUAACAAAGUGCAUUAUUUAUCUUAUAAAUUAACUAUAUUAUAUAAGAAAUAUCAGUAUGUCUCAGUUUGUUGUUUCUUUAUUUUUUGGGGUCUUGUAUACAUAAAAAAUAUACAGGGUUCAGUGACAGAGGAAGGAAAAGCUAUUGCUUCAAGUAAAAGUAUGCACUAACUAAAUAUAUAAGUACUUGAAAUAAAAGGAACGAUACGAAAGCCUUUCUGCGCAUAAUUACUUGUGAAACAGAAAGAAACUAGUAAUUCAAAGAACGAAAUUGUUCAAUUUUUUGUGGGCAGUAUAUAAACUUGAAUCCUUUUACUCCUUAAAAUUAAUUUCUUUUUCUUUUAAAUGUGAUUAACAUUUCUCAAUUGUACUUAUUGCUUCAAAAAUCUUCUCUCAUAAUUUGCCAACAUUUUAAUUUGUUCUGUUGUAUCAUGUCUUAUUUUUUUGAACCAAUUGCAAGUUCUUAGUCAGAAUGGAUGCAAGUAGGUAUUCAAAUGGUACAUGUAUAUUGACUAUCGGUAUAUAAAAUGGGUAGUAGUGAAAUGUGUGUGAUACUGCCAACAGUUUUUGUAUAGUAUUCAGUUUCACUUUGUUUUCAAUGUCAUUUCUAGACACUAAAUACUCUUAAUUUUUAAUGAGUUUCCUUCACAUUCACAACAAGUAAAUGUGAAUAUAUCUCUUAGAUGUAUGAAAAAUGUGAAAGAAUAUUUCUAUGUAAAAAAAAAUGUAUAUGAUCUUAGUGCUUGAUACUCUUGGUAUUUCUCUGUGUGUUUUUGGAAGAUGAACAUGUACUAAACUUAACCAUCUUCAAAAUAAUUGUGACAUACAUUUAGAUGCAAAAUCAGGAUAGUUGGCAUCACAUGGUACUGUAAGCUUUAUCAAAGCUGUAAGUUAAUAUACAUAACAGAUUGUAGAGGUUAUUGUUCUCACAUUUUGGUAUUGUUGAGCUUAUUUAUUUAAAAUUAUAGGUGUAUAAAAAGUCGUGCAAAAAUUAUGCAUGCCACCAGAAUGAUACUCAUUUCACGUAUAUAGCUAAGUUACAAGUGAAAUAGCUAUUAGGCAUUCAAGUUUAGCUUUGUACUUAAAGGAAUAUUU